AUGUCGACCGAAAUUUCACAGCAUUCGCAAUUCCAACUAGUUCCCGCUUAUGGCUCUUCCUCUUCAGACAGCAAGAGCAUCGACGUUUCCUCUCCCGCUGCUACGUACGAGGAUCUUGUCCGGAACUCUGAUCUUUUCUGGGACAAGCUCCGGGAUUUUCUCGGAUAUUCUGACAGAACUUUGAAGAUUCCUAUUGUGGGCGGAAACAGACUCGAUUUGCAUCGGCUUUUCGUCGAGGUCACAAGUCGAGGUGGUAUUGAACAGGUGAUCAAGGAUCGCAAAUGCAAAGAAGUGAUUGGAACAUUUAAUUUUAAGAUGACAAAUGCAGCAUUUGUUUUAAAGAAGUAUUAUCUGAAAAUGCUCUUUGAAUUUGAGCAUGUGUAUUUCUUCCAAGAGCCAAUUUCUUCAUUCUCGGCGAGAGAAGAAGCAGUGAAGCGCCUUGUCGAAAAAUCUGCACAUCAUGACAAAGACACUGAGGAACUGCAACCUGGCUGCCCGGUGAACGGGAUCAUCGAUGGGAAAUUCAAGGACGGGUAUUUUGUAACCAUGAAGAUGGGCUCAGAAGAGCUUAAAGGAGUGCUUUACCACAUUCCUGAAACUUGUGUUGAAACUCGAAGACGCAAGAAGAAAUCAAAAUCAUCUCAGAUGGAUUCUCGUCGACCCAAGUUCCACAGGAGCGGCUAUAACUUCUUCUUUUCCGAGCAGUACAAGAGGCUUAAACAUGAGUACGCCGGACGAGAGCGGUUUCUCAUUAAAGAAAUUGGGAACUUGUGGAGCAAUCUCUCUGAAUCUGAUAGAAAGGUUUAUCAAGAUAAAGGGCUUGAGGAUGUGGAGAGGUAUCGCACAGAGAUGUCCGAAUACAAAUCUUUCAUUGAGUCUUGUGCGGCGGAAAGUGCAGCUGCUACUGAUGCAGCUGAAAAUGUGGCUGAGCCGGGUCUCUAA